GUAAGUCUCUCAUUGUUAUCAGACUGGAAAGAACGAAGAAGUCAUUGUUGAACAUCUGUUUCUGAGUCAAAGAUAGUUGUCAAUAUCUGAGUAAAAAGAAGCAUCGUAUAAAUAGUCCAUUGAAUUAAGUAUUUCAUCCUGUUCGAGCAUUCUUCUCCAUGUUUUAUUAGUGUCGUCAUUUGCUUUCUUUCCACAUCACACUCAUUUGCGUCCCGCCAUAGAGUUUGUUCUCCGCAACCAAUAAAUAUACACACACAGGACACACCUGGGUGUUUUCGAAUGUGAAGAAAAGAUGAGCGGGCUUAGAACGAGUAUCUGGGCCCCCGGCAGCUAUCGCUCCCCGAGCUAUAAUGGCUCCGGCUACAACAAUUCCGCGCGAGAGAAUGCGUCCGUCUCUACUACCCGCCCGCGCACUCCGAGAGAAAUGAGUAAGAAUCGGGCAAUCGAAACGACCCGCGAAAUAAUCCUGGAUGGCGAGCUGGCAAAUAAUGAACUGCGGAAGAGUUCUGGUGGGCUGGGCGCCAGCCAAUGGGCACCGCGCGAUUACCCUGGAAGAUCAAAAACAGCAAAUCGUCAAGAGGUUUGGACAAUGGUCACGCCAACCUCGCAACAUAAGCCGAUGGCUCAUGCGAACAAUAGCUCGAGUCCUGCAUACACCUCUCCAGACCUCGGUCUUCCUUACGAAGUACAACAUUACAUUCUUGGUAUGAUGCAGCGGAUCAUGGAGGAGGGAUGUUAUACCUUUGCGUCGCGAUGGAUUCCCGAUGUACUACAAAGGAACAACUGGACGUGCUCGGAAGCGGUUGAACUGUCUACAUGGAGAACGAUCCUUCCAGAGAAUGUCCCAUCUGAAGCCAUUACCUCGCACAGUAAAUCUCUUCAUCACUGCCUGGCCAAUGCUGUCCGAAUACGAAACUCUGCCACCCAUCGGCAUAUCUUUUCGAGUCAAGAACUACGUGGUUUGGCGCAACAAGCCGAAGACCUCAUGAGCUUGCUUUCUGACCACUCAAGGCAAUUAAAGUUCCAUAAGUUGUGGACUGAACUUUACGAUUGGGAAAAGCUGAGUGUAACAGACAUGCAAGCCGCCAGAUACAAGAUGGAGACGGCGCUUCAACAGAUUGGGGAACGACCCAUGGAGGAUGACAUGGAUUGGACACCAAACGCAAUUUCAUUGGAAAAAGUUCCUGUCGUAGAGAUAGAAUCAGAAGAGGUCGAGAAUCACGAUGUUCAAGAUGCAAUGGAGAUCGACUAAAGGAUACUCUCCAAAGGAAUUACGGGAUGGCGAAUUGGCGUUGGAUUAAUCGUAGACUGUAUAACCCGUGAGAUCAUAGCUUCAGGACUACUUACGGGAGGUGCAAUGGGUCGGUAGGAUUUCAAAUACCCUUGCUGUCGCUUUUUGGCACAUCCCAAGCGCAUUGCUUGAGGAACUUAUGGACAUUGACUCGUUCUAAAUAGUUUUCUAGACAGAAACAUACAAAUGAGAUCGAAUUAUUCCACA